AUGAGCAAAGCAAUCCGAGUAUUGACAGUUGGAACUGGUGCUGUUGGAAGUGUUUACAGUUGGCGCUUAGCUCAAUCGUGCCAGGUUACUACCGUCUGUCGAUCCAACUAUGAAGCUGUCCGUGACAAUGGCUUCAGUAUGGAAUCAGCCAAGUUUGGCAGAGACAUAUUCCGACCUCACAAUGUUGUAUCUAGUGUAAAAGAAGCAGUUCAACAUGGCCCAUUCGACUAUAUUCUCGUCACGCUCAAAGCUUUACCCGAUGUAUACAACGUUGCGGAAGUGAUUGCACCUGCAGUCAGUGACAAAGAAACGGCCAUUGUGUUGAUCCAGAACGGCUUGGGUGUUGAAGCACCACUGUUGGAGCGUUUCCCUGACAACCCGUUGAUUUCUAUUGUCGCUUACAUUGCCACCCUUCAAGAUGGACCGGGCCGGACGCGGCACUUGGGUGGCGAAAGCUUAAGAAUGGGUAUCUUGGAUGCCAAGUCAGAGCCCAAGGCACGCGAGUUCCAAGAUCGGUUUAAACGCGGUGGCGUCAGUGUUGAAUGGACAGAUAAUAUCGAGCAGACACGUUGGGAAAAGGUGUUUUGGAAUGGAGGAUUUGGGCCUGUGUGUGCUAUCCUUCGAUUGGAUACCACCGAGGUAACCCGGAAUGAAAAGGCGCGUGGUAUGGUCAAGAGAUUGAUGGUCGAGUUGAUGACCGCCGCUGAACUUGCCACUGGGAUGGACUACGAGCCCGAGUACCGUAGCGAAGCAAUGAUCGAAAACACAGCGCGAGGCCACAACCAUUACAAACCAUCCAUGCAAUUGGACAUGGAGCGUGGUAAUCCUUUGGAAGUAGAAGUGGUCUUGGGUACAGCGAUGCGCAGUGCAGCUCGGAAUGGCCUUGUAGUCCCCACAAUCCGCACCAUCUACGAUCUGUGUCGAGCCAUGAAUAUCCAUUUUGUCAAUCAAUAA